UACACCUCUUCAGUCUGAAAUUGUACAUGAAACUGUGACAAAUUACUCAGGUCAAACUUCCUCUUAUCUCAUUUUUUGUCAGACAACAAGCUGAAGUAAUUUUUUAUGUCGUGACAAUGCUGAAAAUGGAAAUUACCUUUAUUCUGCUCCAGAUUAUGCGAUUUGUUGCCUGAAUAAUUGCGUUAUCCGAUUUGACGGGGAAGGCAGCACAAGGUAAAUGUCAAGAAUGUGGUUUAUCUUGUUGAAAUAUCCCGAUGAAGCUUGAGGAAAAGAAGAAGAAUACCCCCGAUGAAUGGAUAUAUCGAUCUACGUCCAUCGUAAAUUGAUAUAAUAUUCCGCUCUUUCUGAUAUGCUCGUUUUGUGAGGUUCAGUGGAUGUUUUGAAAGCUUGUUGUUAGCACAGCUAGCUCACGCUGGCUACCUAACACGGCUAACAGCAGCACCAGCUGGGGGAAGAAACCCACCUGUCUGGAUUAAUUCACCCCCUCACGGCUACUUUAAUUUUUUUUUUUUUUUUUUUUUUUUUACUUGAACCGGGCUCUCCGGGAAUGCUGUGUCUUCAUGGCAGUGAGUUCAAUGUCAUGCAUGCAGCCGGGCUUCUAGCCUGUGCUUUGUACACUUUCAGCGCUUCAGCCAGUGUGCUACCUCUAGGUGGAGGCUCUUCCUCCCUCUAGCCUCCGUUUCUCCCCACUGCCCCCCCAUCAGUCCCAGAGUUCCCUAUGUUAACCCUCUUGAGCAUGUUUUACUAUAUCUGUCUGCGGCGGCGCUCCAGGAGCGGGACUCGAGGCGAGGCUCUGACCAGUCGGCGGGCUGUGGAAUCCGGCCAGCGGGCAGCGAUGCCAGUCAGUGUGGAGGUGGAGCAGUACACCAAGGAGGUACUGGACUUCAGCUCCCACUAUGGCAGCGAGAAUAGCAUGUCUUACACCAUGUGGAACCUGGCAGGGGCACCCAAUGUCUACCCCAGCUCAGGUGACUUCACCCAAACCGCUGUAUUCAGAGCGUACGGGACAUGGUGGGAACAGUGUGCCAGUGCUCCAAGACCUUUUCGCCGCACACCUAAAGGAUUCUACAGCCAGGAUUAUGUCGAGCUGGGCUUUGAGGAGCCUGUCUACCCUACAGCAGUGGAGGUGUUUGAGACUUAUUACCCGGGAGCCAUCGUUCAGAUCCUGGCCUGCUCCUACAAUCCCUUCUCUCAGAACCCCCCGACCGAUGUCAGGUGGGAGGUGCUGUGGUCGGGGGAGCCCACCAAGGCGCUGACACCCCAGGCGCGCCAGUUCUCCCCUAAAAUCAAGCACAUCAGCUUCCCCACCAACCUGCUGCGCCUGGAGGUCAACAGCUCUCUGAUGGACUACUACACCGAGCUGGAUGCCGUCAUCCUGCGGGGGGUCAAAGAGAAGCCCAUGCUGGCGCUUUACAAGAUGCCGAUCAUCGACAUCAACGACCUGAGCGACAGCGAGGAGGAGCUGUGUGACCUGGGAGGCCCUUUCAGGCAAGGAGCAGAAGGAAAAACCCAGAAGACCGGCAAUGGAUACUUCGACAGGCUGCCGUACGAGCUCAUCCAGCUGAUAUUGAGCCACCUGACCCUGCCAGACCUCUGCCGUCUGGCCCAGAGCUGUAAGCUCCUGCACCAGCACUGCUGCGACCCGCUGCAGUACACCCAGCUGAGUCUGCAGCCCUACUGGGCCCGGCUGAGUGACGCCUCCCUGGGACACCUGCAGAGCCGCUGCACCCUCCUCCAGAGGCUCAACCUGUCCUGGACUGGCAACCGCGGAGCGCUCACCCUGACGGGCUUCAGCAGUUUCAUGAAGGCCUGCGGGCUCAGCCUGGUCUGCCUGGAAAUGUCAUGCUGCCACUUCCUGAACGAAGCCUGUCUGGAGGUCAUCUCUCAGACGUGUCCCAGACUGCAGGAGCUCAACCUGUCCUCCUGCGAUCGUCUCCACCCACAGGCCUUCACCCACAUCUCCAAGCUCACACGCCUCCGCAGGCUGGUGCUCUACCGCACGAAGAUAGAGCAAACGGCCAUCCUGAGCAUUCUGACUUUCUGCAUGGAGCUCAGACACCUCAACCUGGGCAGCUGCGUCCGGAUUGAGGACUACGACGUAGUGGCCAGCAUGCUGGCCGCUCGCUGCCGCUCGCUGUGCUCCCUGGACCUGUGGCGCUGCAGAAACCUGACCGAUCGAGGCCUGGCCGAGCUCGUGUCUGGAUGCAGGAUGUUGGAGGAGCUGGACCUGGGCUGGUGUCCCACGCUGCAGAGCAGCACCGGCUGUUUCCAGCACCUCGCCCGCAGCCUGCCGCGACUGCGAAAGCUCUUCCUCACCGCCAACCGCACCGUGUGCGACUCGGACAUCGAGGAGCUGGCCGCCGGCUGCCCCUCGCUGCAGCACCUCGACAUCCUGGGUACCCGCCUCGUCAGCUCCGCCUCGCUGAAGAAGCUCCUUCAGUCGUGUCCCCGGAUCGUCCUCCUGGACGUGUCCUUCUGCUCGCAGAUAGACGUCCGGGUCGUCCAGGAGCUCUCCGGCCUCUUCCCCAACGUGGCCAUCAAGAAAAGCUUCACCCACUGACCCCGGCGCCGCUUCAUUUCCCGCCGCGGCGAGCCGGCGAUGCGGGGGGAGGUGCUCUCCAGCAGAUAACCGCCUCCGAUUCAGACGCGUGUCAGAUGAGGGGGGGAGAUUGCAGGCCUGCCUUCGCCGGUAUCGCAGGCCAGAUCUGCACGGCGUAGCCAGUAAAUAGAGAGCUGGGACUCGGUGAGGAGCUUCUCUGGAUUUACUCACUGCACUCCUCCACACGGGAUUACAGAUUGUGAGACUUUUUUGGUUGUUGUUGUUAUUUGAUGAACACUUGAAAUCAGGGUUGUUGCAGUUACAUCUUCCCACAACAUGAAACACCACUUCAAUUUUUUAUUUGCCAAACAAAACGCAGAGUCGGUGACUUUUGUGAGUAAUGUCUUGACAGAAAACGUACCUGGACUGGAAAGGGUUGGGAAAGACUCGGUGCCUUGUCGGGACGUGGGACAUUAAAUGUCCGGUCCAGGGCCCCUCGGAAGCCCCCACACAGUUUUAUUUAAAGCAUUUUUAAAGAAAUCACACGUGAUUGCUGUUGUGUUCGAAGGUAUCUUGGACUUUAAAGGUGAAAACAACCUGCAGAGUAAGUUAAUGCAAACGUGACAACUUAUUUAGUGUUGCUGAAAAUUCAUAAAUAAAGACAGUAAGCACACCAUCAUAUAUAUACUCACGACACACUGGACUCAUUGAUAGCGCUCAGAAAGCGUCCAAGAAAAAAUUAAACAAAAGCAUAUUUGAAAUUAAGAUUUGCGACUUAAAAUCUAGUCAGUGUAGACACACAUUUGUAAUUCUAGUGGUUACAGUCAAAACCGGAUGAUUCACAUUUAAAAGUAAUCAAAAGAGUCUGUGGUACAACUAUACCUGCUGUAGAUGUGUUUGUAAACACGAUAAACCCAGAAAACCUGAUUUUGGGGCUGAAUGUUUCCCAGCUGUGGUCUCUGUGCUGUAGUUUCCCUCCAUGUUUCAACGCUUUUGGUAAAGAUGGUUCUUCUGUUGGUCGUGUGAACCAAACUCAGCAGUUUCAGGUCUGAUAUAAAAUCUUCUCUGUUUGAACAGGGUAUUUCUUUCAGGUUUUAACUUCAUAGGCCUGGUAAUUGUUCGGGUCGUUUCAUUUCCAGUGAUGUUUUAGACACUUUUGUCUCUAAAAUGAACAGAAAUUGACAGAUUCCACGAUGCUUUAACUACAUCAGUGCUCUUCCUGUCGUUCACGCGGGGUUAUUUGCCCACAGAUGGUGACUUGACGUACUAAAAUAAAGUUCUGUUUUUGAGGAGGACUUUGAAAGUUUGCUGAAAUGAUCACAGUGUAAACACAAUAUGUGACCUCAGUAUUUAUCCUCAAACUCAGGGGUUAUGUAACUCCUUGUCAUCACAAUUUUUUUUUUUUUUUUUUUUAAACCUUGGUUUUACUCUUAAAACCAGCACAACGGGCUUGUUCAUGGUCGGAACCGACAGGUUAAACGGCCUUCAGUAUUGCUGUGGUCUGAUUUUACUGAGACAAAAUUACUGAGACUCUAUACAGCUAAUUGGGUUUUUGAGUUUCACAUCGUUUUAAUUUUGAAAAUAUUCACGCCAUUGCUGAUUAUUUAAUUUUUGUAAAACAUCAAGCCACAUUGUGGCAGAAGUGCUUGAAAAGCAUUUCUUUUCUUUUUGUGAAGAGAACUUGAAGAUUUUGUUGAAGCACAUGCUACUUGUCGAUAUUUGUGCCUUAUACUCCUGUUUGAAUGUGGUGUGACGUCCUCGUGGUCUAGAUUGUAGUGAAGUGCUUUGCUUUUACUGCCCUCAACCAAAGUGAUGCACAAAACGGUCUCACAACGAUAUUAGAACAGUUUGAUGCCAUAUAAUGUGUGACAGCCAUGGUAAUUAAUAUGCAAAGUAAUUUAUUUAUAUUUCCCUGUGUGCUGAACCUGUAUUUAUGCACUUCAUGCAGAACCAGUAAUUCACCAUUAGACUUAGAAUUUUAUGUUUUUGGGAGAGGAGUGUGUGAUUUUUUUGUUUUGCUUUUUUUUUUUUUUAGCCUAGCUUUGCACAAAAACUGGAAAUAUUUAUAAAAGAUUAUAUCACAUUACUGGUAUCCAUCCAUCCAUCCAUUUUCUACCGCUUAUCCGGGGCCGGGUCGCGGGGCAGCAGUCUCAGCAGGGAUGCCCAGACUUCCCUGUCCCCAGACACUUCCUCCAGCUCCUC